AGUCAGUUGCAGUUAGAAGAACUGCCACGGAUGUGUGGCUGACAUGCGGUGGACGCAGACAUGACCCGACCCAUUGCUUCAAAGUGUCUCACACACCAUUGGCACUGAGGCAAGCAUUCUGAACCUGUUGCCUGAACUCUCAAGAGAUCAAAAGUUCUGACAAUAAUUUUUCAUCGAAUCCCCCCAAAACGCUGGGUCCUGGGUCUAUGAAGUUCUAGGUGAAAUAGGACCAACACCAUGUACUGAACUCCUAGGGGCAGACGGGUGAGGGAUUUUUCUUGAAUUUAUGCAAGAGAGAGAGAAAAGACAAGGAAUCCCCCGUUCUGAUUCUCUCUAAGGAGAACAACACCCAAAGCAGUAAACAUGGACUGGGUGGAACAACUUAACAUUUAUGAUCUGAAAGCGCCAAAGAAUCUGCCAACAUCUGCUCCAUUCAGUGUCACUAGCAACCAAGGAUCACGGUUCCAUCGAGAUUACUAUGAUGUUAAACCAAUGAAGAUAAAGCUUAUUUGCAACUUUGGUGGUAGGUUCUUGCCAAGGCCAAGCGAUGGCGAGCUUCGGUAUAUUGGUGGUAACAGGCAUCUGAUCAAAAUCAGCCGGGACAUUUCCUGGCAAGAGUUCAUCUUGAAGACAACAAGAUUGAUAAGGAGAGCCCACACGAUAAAGUACCACAUCCCUGGGGAGCAAGUGAGCAUGCUCAUUUCCAUCACCUCUGAUGAUGACCUUCGGCAUAUGAUUGAUGAGUGCAUUGUGCUAGAAAGAAGCAGAGAAAUGCUAACCAUGUACCUUUUCUCUGGCAACGACGAUGAGCGCCACGUGCAUUUUAUCGUACAAGGCUCAUCCAAUGCAGAAAAAGAAGCACAGUUCAUUGCUCUUAUCAACGGGGUCAUCGCACCAGUUUAUGAUGAACUGAGAGCACAUAGCCUCGGCAGAUCUUCAGUUAAUGACCUAGACCAGCUGAUGUUUGGCAACAACGUGGAAGGAUUGCCGGCAGGCAGAACAGAGGAAGCUCCAGUGUCCAUCAGAACGAAGCCCUUGCAGAGUAUCAUGGCGCCACCAAAGACAUCAAGUGGUCAGUUGGAGAAGAUGUCUCCAAGUUCCGAGAGACGGAUGGCUAACCAAGAUUACAAGGCACACAGCACUGAAGGUAACGUGAUCUCUGCAACCAGCAAUAUUGAUAAAGCUUACCAUGGUGCAUCUGUGCCUCCUGAAUCCAAGACACAGCAAAGCGGUGGUCUCGCUGUCUCAGGGCAUCAGCAACAGACUGCCACGGAAUCUUUCGGAAAGAGCCAUGAAGCUACUGGGGUACAGGAGAAAAUAUCACCAAGGAAACAGCAAACGGCCCCAUUAGGCAACAGUAGUGUGGCGACACAGCCAUCGUCUAAAAACAAAAAAUUCCCGAUCAACAACUUCCAAUUGCACAAAAAGGUGGAGAUCUCAGAACCCGGUCAUGAAUCUUGUACUCCUGGUUGCAACAUCAGUACAAACUUGCAGUAUAUGGAGUCGACAGCUGCAACCAGCAGCAUGCAGAAGAACCAGCCUGCAGUUACUUCUACACCGGUCAGCUAUAGCGGCGAAGCAGUACUACUUCCUUUUGCUUUUGCAUCUUCCGACAAAACAACAAAUCUGCAACCAAAUAUUCUGGUGCGUGCUUCAAGUGAGAGAAUACAAGAACGACCCAGCAGUCCAGGACCAGAUGAACAUUCAUCAGAAAUCACUCGAUUUCGAUCAGUUGGUACUGGUACCAUUAAUCCUCAAAUCAGAACUACACUAGCAGAAGCUAAAGAUAAUGCGGCACCAUCAAUAUCAGAGCCUGCGCUACGUGAAACCAAGAGCACUGAACAAUCUCUGCCUGCAAAUGCACUAUUGGGCAGAGAUCUUAUAAGCAAUGUCCAGAUAAUAAGCAACGAAGACCUCGAAGAUCUCCGUGAGAUGGGCUCUGGAGCAUUUGGAACUGUUUUUCAUGGAAAAUGGAGGGGAACAGAUGUUGCCAUAAAACGGAUAAAUAACAAUUGUUUUUCGUACCCAUCAUCACAGGCAGAUAAACUGAUAACCGAAUUUUGGAGAGAGGCCGCUAUCAUCUCAAAACUUCACCACCCCAACAUUCUGGCACUUUACGGUGUUGUAAACAACGGGCCAGGGGGGACAUUAGCUACUGUAACAGAAUUCAUGGUCAAUGGGUCUCUAAAAAAAGUGCUGGGUCGCAAGGACAAAUAUCUUGAUUGGCGCAAGAGGAUACUUGUUGCAAUGGAUGCAGCCAUUGGAAUGGAAUACUUGCACUCCAAGGACAUUGUCCACUUCGAUCUGAAAAGUGAUAACCUGCUGGUGAAUGUUAAGGAUCCCUCUCGUCCCAUAUGCAAGGUUGCUGAUUUUGGUUUAUCGAAAAUGAAACAAGCCACCAUGGUUUCUGGUGGAAUGAGAGGAACUCUUCCAUGGAUGGCCCCAGAAUUGCUGACAAUGAGUGGCACUAAAGUAUCUGAAAAGGUUGAUGUCUAUUCUUUUGGAGUUGUGAUGUGGGAAAUUCUCACCGGUGAGGAUCCAUAUGAUGGCAUGCACUAUGGAGGAGUCAUAGGGGGUAUUUUGAGUAACACACUGAGGCCACCAGUGCCAACUUCAUGUAACCCGGAAUGGAGGAAACUGAUGGAGCAAUGUUGGUCAACUGAACCUUCGCAAAGACCUUCAUUCACUGAAGUUGCUACCUGUCUUCGUGGCAUGCUACGAGAAGCAAAAGUGAAUCUCUAAAGUCAAUAUGAAAGAAUUCGAGCUAUUUGUAACUCUCUGCUUGCUUGUAUAUCUAUUGUUCCAGCACAAAAUUUGGUGCAAACACGAAAUGUGUUUUGAGUUUAACAUUGCAACUGUUCAACUUUACUGUCACCAAAGUUGGCUAUGACUGGCAGGUUUUGAUCUUAAAAGUUAGAGAAAAGUUCCACUCAUAUUUGGCUA